UGAUCCUCUUUCAGUGCAUCAGUCUGAUCCUCAUUGUGUCCCUCUGUGACCCUCUCUGAGCGCGUCGCAAUCUGAUCUCUCAUUGUGUCCCUCUGUGAUCCUCUUUCAGUGCGUCAGUCUGAUCCUCAUUGUGUCCCUCUGUGAUCCUCUCUGAGCGCGUCGCAAUCUGAUCUCUCAUUGUGUCCCGCUGUGAGGAUCUUUCAGCGCGUCAGUCUGAUCUCUCAUUGUUUCCCUCUGUGAUCCUCUCUGACCGCAUCGCAGUCUGAUCCUCAUUGUGUCCCACUGUGAUCCUUCUCUGAGCCAAAGUCUGAUCUCUGGAGAGCUGAGAAUGGAGUGUUUAGACUAGUGCUCAUUAUUAUUAUUAAGGUGCUGGUAAUGACAGCACUAGAGAGCUGGGAAUGGAGCGUUUAGACUAGUGCUCAUUAUUACUGAGGUGCAGGGUAAUGACAGCACUGGAGAGCUGAGAAUGGAGUGUUUUUAGGCUAGUGCUCGUUAAGGGUAAUGACAAAUUUCAGAAAAUGCUCCUGUAGUGAAAGUGUACAAACAACAUGACAAGCUACUGUCACUCAUAAUAAUCCAAUAACUUGUCUAUUAAUGCUGCGCAUCCAGCUCUGUUAAAAUCUCAACCUGUAAACACAACUUGCUGAUUAAAACUACACAUGUCCUGGUUUUCCGGAGGCUUGAUUGAACUGAGUUAACUGCUUAACAGAUUUUUUUUUUUCCAUUAAUUAGAAAUGCUCCUGUUCAGAAUGACAUCGUGAACCUCCUUAUUAAUUAACAGAUUCAUCUUGGAGACAGGAUGAGAACAGAUGAGACUAUGCGCUCGGCUCCAUACAUCACUGCACUUUCUCUCCAGGACCCUCUGUGAUGCUCUUUAACAAGCAGCUGCAGUGAAUGGGCAGCAUGUUGAUGUCCUAUUGGGAAACAUAAAACUAUUUACAAUUCUGAAAUGAAUAAGAAACAACUCAAGACUUCCCGCAAGCCCCCAGGGUAGCAGAAUGUCCAAAAUCUUCGGGGCACAGACUCCACAAACCUUUCCGGAAAUUCCAAACCUUCCGGAACCAAAUAAUUCUACAUUUAUAAUUAACAAAUGAGAAAAGUUAUAGGCUAGGCUUAAUAUUGCUAAUUCACUUUGAUUAGCUGUUCCAAAAAUAGCUAAGAAGGGGGUUUCCGGUGGCAGGUGAUGCUGAAGUGAGAAUGAUCCUGCCGGCUUCCAGAAAAUCACAGCUAGGAGAAAACCUUCAGGUCCCGAAGACAUUGCGUGCGAGUGCGCAGCUAUUCUGCAGCCCUGCGAGCCCAUCAUCAGAUGUCUGAGUCGUUUAUUUCAUGUUCAGUAACUUUUUCGGGUGUGUCAUUGCUCUGUGAAAAUAUCAUGCUAAUGACAUUUCUGAGUAAAUAGCUUUAAUAUUCGUUCUGAAUACUUUAAACCCGCCCCAACUACUGAGUGACAGCACAUUCCUGCAUUUCUAUUGGAGACUCCGCUUGCGAGAUUUAAAACGAGAUACAAUCAGGAUGGAGGCUUGUUAGCGGGAUUUAAACCUGUAUCACAGUUAAGAUAAGGAGGAUUUAAAACAGAAUUGUGACGAAAUGUACAAAAAUUCCAACACACAAAAACCCCGGAAGAAUGUUCCCGUGACCAGAGGGAUUUCGAUGUGGAAGACAGCAAUGGAAAGAAGGGACAGCUUAAGCGUGCAAGUACUGUCGAGUCACUAUACAUAUUUUGAGAGAAAAAAAAUGCUCAAGCAUUUUGGAAAGUAACCAAAAACACUCAUUUUAUACAUUACAUCAAAAACAAAAGCCCUGAAAAAAAAAAAGAUUUACAUAAAACUCGAAAAUAGCUAAAAAUAAGCACCGAAAAAUACAAUUAAUAAAACCCGAAAAACAUAAGCCCUAGUUAUGAUGCUCUGCUCGCGGCACUAAUGUGGAUGAGAUGCCUGUGUAUAUGGAAAAGGAUUUUAAUAAUUAUUCAACAGAAGACCUCACUGCAUCCACUGUAUACACAACCCAGCUGACCUCUGUAUUUGACAGUGAAUAACUCAUUAACAUCCUUACAGCACAAUCAGCUUAGUACAGAAAACUCACGGUAGAUUUUCAAGUUUAUUUUGCACUUCUGAUUCUACAGAUGGUCAUGUACAGGGCCCGCAAUGAGAGCGCACAUCACAGACACAGAGAACAAUGCUUUUCUGACUCUGUCCCCUCUUUGCUCAUCUGUUUUUUUCCUUCGGUACAUCUUUUAUUUUUACUUAUUACAUCUCCCUCUCAUUACCCUUUUCAUCAUUUUUCUUUUUCGCUUUCUUUCCUGUCAUCAUUUCUUUCCUCCCUCUCAUUUCAUUAUCUCUUUUCUGUGCUCUGAUGUCAAUAUGAGAGGCUGGACUCCAGGUUUAUCACAGCGAGAGAGGGAGGGAGGGAGAGAACAGGACAGCGAUAGAGAGAGUCAUUCACUGAGCGCAGUCAGAGAGACCUCAGCAUCUCAGGGUUCACAGACAGACCCUUCAAAGCGCAGGGCAGACAGGGAACAGCACGCUGAAGACAAGGUGACCAGGCAGCAGUUUCUGGAAGAUUUGACUCCCUGUACAAGUCACUCCUCCUGGUUGUGUGCAGUGGCGAUGUAUCUUGGCCGGCUCCCGCUGCUCCUGGCCGCUCUGCUGGCGUCGGGGGCUCUGUCCCAUGUUCUUGCGAGCGAGGGUCAGCGACAGAGGUACAGCAAUGUCCCGGAGGAGGGGGGCCUGCUGGCUGUGCGAAUCCUGAGCAGGGGAGGGGUGCUGCUGCGCUCUCUGCUGGACAGGGGUCUCCCCUCGGAGUGGGGUGCCAUGGAGCACCACUACCCCCAGAGGAAACGGGCUGCCCCCUCCCGCCCAGCCCGGAGGAGCCCCCACGGCACUCGCGUCUCCCUCUCCCUCGACGUUCCCACCAGCAUCCUCAGCAUCCUGCUGGACCUCGCCAGGGCCAAGGACAUGAGGGCCAAGGCCGCCGCCAACGCAGAGCUGAUGGCACGCAUCGGACGCAGGAAAUGAGAUAAACGAGGAGUGACAUAAACAGGGGCUGAAUGGGACCGCUGAAACCAGACCCCCUGUAUCUGUAUCUGUCAUUUAGUUGCCGUGUUUGUCAUUCUCUACUCUGUUUCCCAAUGUGUAACUGUUAAUACAGAUUCGAUUCAUGUUAAAGCUGAUCUGACAACAUCA